AUGUCUGGAGCACCAAAGCCACGCUACGCUACUGUCCGCACCCUCCUUCAUCCCCAAUCUGACGGCGCGUCUGCUGUCGUGCUCGACUCUGAAGCACUGGUUCUCUACCUUCCGGCCCCCGCCACCGUGACGGGCGAAGAUGUCCUGGAGCUUCACGUCCAUGGCGGCACAGCUACUGUCAAGGCAGUUCUAUCUGCUAUCCCUCACUGCUCAUCUUCGUUGUCUGACAUCCGCUAUGCCGAGCCGGGCGAGUUUACCAAGCGCGCCUUUAUCAAUGACCGGCUGGACUUGGCCCAGAUCGAGUCCCUCAGCGAUACUCUUGCCGCGGAGACGGAGCAACAGCGCCGCGCCGCUGUCCGUGGAAACUCGGGCAACCUCGGCCGCACGUACGAAGGCUGGCGAGAGCAGUUGCUCCUCGCGCGUGGUGAGCUUGAAGCGCUGAUUGACUUUUCUGAGGACCAGCACUUUGACGAGUCGCCGGCCGAUUUGUUGCUUCAUGAGCGAGGGAGUGUAAGGAGUGAGUUGCUACGGAAUGGCAUCAAAAUUGCGCUCGUUGGACCGCCGAAUGCGGGUAAGAGUUCGUUGAUGAACUUGAUUGUGGGACGCGAGGCUUCGAUUGUAUCAGGAGAGGCAGGAACAACGAGAGACAUUGUGGAAGCGAGCUUGGAUAUCAGAGGGUAUCUGUGCUCGUUUGCAGACACGGCGGGCUUCAGGACGAAGGACGAGGGGAGUGAGAUUGGGAUAGUGGAGGAGGAGGGAAUACGGCGAGCCAGAAACAAGGCCAAAGAGGCAGAUGUUGUGGCGGUGCUGGCAUCUGUCGAGAAGAACAGUGCUGGUACGACGUAUAUCCGAUAUGACGAGCAGACGUUACAACUGGCAGCCGAGGCGAAUGCCUGUCUUGUCCUCCUCAACAAGAGAGAUGCUGUCAACAAAGAGACACUGGAAACUUUGCUUUCCGGUUUCACACAGACGCUUCGCAUGAAAGGCGGAAAAUUGGACGGCCUCCAGGUACAUACCAUCUCCUGCAAAGAAGCGCAGGGGACCGUGGUUGGGACCACCGACUCUGGCGGCGUCCACGCCUUCAUCGACCGACUGACUGCUCACUUUGCUUCCAUGACCUCACUCCCUGUCGAGCAGCAGGACCUGCUCGGCGUUACUGAGCGCCAGCGGCAGCUCCUCGCCCACUGCCGGGGCCACCUCGAGGCGUUCUUGCUGGAGACGGCGGCGGGGUCGGACGAGGGCGGCGAGGCGGAUUGCGUGUUAGCGGCCGAGUUUCUGCGCUACGCUGCCGACUGCCUGGCCCGCAUCACGGGGCGUGGGGAGGCCGGCGAUGUGGAGGACGUCUUGGGCGUCGUGUUUGAGAAGUUCUGUGUCGGAAAAUAG